AUGUUUGCUGAUGACACCAAUAUACUGUUUUCAAAUCACUGUCUUCAUCAACUCAACUCCACAAUUGCUGAUACAAAUUGUAGUCUGGUAAACUGGUUGAACAAAAACAAACUUCUCCUAAAUAAAGAUAAAACAGUGUAUAUAGAUUUCCACUUGACACAAAAGGUAUCGUCUGUGAUAGAUGAUAUCAGGAUUGAGAAUGUGCCCAUACAGCAAGAAAGAGCCACAAAAUUCCUUGGAGUGUGGAUAGAUGACACACUACAGUGGGACAUACAUAAAGAUAAAUUAUUAGGUAAAAUGAAGAGUUUGUGCUAUGCUUUUAGUAUUUUAAGUAAAAUCAGUGAUAUUGAAACACUAAAAUGUGCAUUAGUACACUCAAUAAUUACAUACUUCAUUCCUUUUUGGGGCUUCUCCCAUAAGAAUGUAUUUAUUAUGCAGAAGCGAAUAAUUAAGACAAUGAAACAAGUACCCCUGUCUUCCACCACUAAACAUCUCUUUAAGGAGCUCAGUAUUAUGCCAGUGCCUUGUAUCUAUAUUCAUGAAACAGUGUGUUUUAUUCAAGAAAAUCUCCAUAUAUUUACAAAAAAUAGAGAUUUUCACUAUCAUAGUACCCGUCAUUCCAAUGACAUAUUUAUAGCUGAUCAACGGUUACAUAAAGGGCACAGUAGUGUACGGCAGAGGGGAGUACUUCUGUACAAGAAGCUACUGAAAAUGUCAGGUCUUGCCAGAAAGGAUUCAAAUCCAAAAUAA